GAACUGGUCUCCUAGAAGGCGAGAACCACCUGCGUAUCGGUCCAGAAAAUCUCGUUCGAGGUCAAGGGAGCCAAAAAGUCGGGAUGACAAACGGUUGCGCUGUGAUUCCAGUUAUGGUCGAAGUUCCAGAAGAGAACCUGACUCAGGUAGAGAAGAAGCGCCAAGGGCUCCUCAGCGGAGUGAACGAAGAAUUAAGAAACAGUGACGUUGCACAAGAUAUCACUCGGGAGGACAGAGCAAGCCUUUCAUCAACUGAACAGUCGCCGUCAUCGAAACGGGCUGAUGUGUCGUCUGACGAGGAGCUGAAGAAAGCAGCGAAGGACUUUGAUCAGUCGCCGGUACUCGAUGGCGCCGAGGCAGGAAGCAAAUCUGUGGAAGUGAUGUGGCACUCGUCUGUCUAUAUCGGAAAGGUGUUGCGACAUCGUGCUCCAUCCUCUUGUUCAACGUCGGGUUCUGAAAGAGACGCCAGAAAAGAGGAUAGGCGUAGACGGUCUAUGUCUUCUCAAGCUGACGAAGCUCAUUCGAAAGGGAUCACAUGGUCAAGUACCGGCGACAUGUCUUGUAAAUGCUUGCUUUAUCAACUUUGGUUGAUAGUAUUAUACGCCUACCAUGGUGAUAACGGGUAACG